AUGAUCGACGUAGGCUCAAUUGGCUCUGGAAUCCACGUCUACAAAUUCAACAACUGCGGCCCUUCUCCCAAAUAUGAAUACGAAGUAUUCAAAAUGACACAACCUGGUUAUCUUCAUUCGCUGGGAACCCAGAGGGCGCUGCGAGGAGCUGGGACGAAGCUGUCCGCGUGGUGCCCAAUGCCAUGUACAGGUAGCGCUGAUAUUUUGGAGGCGGUGGAAGGGAGGAUUCGGUCAUCCUAUCCCUUCCAAUUACAGGAAAAAGAUGGGGUAGUGAUCAUGGAUGGCAAAGACGAAGGCGUAUUAUACGCGUGGAUCACGGCGAAUUAUCGCUUGGGAACCAUCAAAGCUUCCACACCGCCUGAUACACCCACCUACGCAGUCAUCGACCUCGGUGGCGCUUCUACGCAAAUCGUAUUCAAGCCUGUCUUCGCGUUCUCGGAUAUGCAACUCGAGGACGGAGAACAUAAAUACGAUCUGCAAAUCGGUGGCCGGAACCAUGUGUUGUGCCAGCACUCGUACUUGGGGUAUGGUUUGAUGCGUGCAAGGAGACACGUUCAUAGAUUGGCGGAUCUCAUGUCGACGUUGCAGGGUAUGAAACCGAAGGCGGUGGCGGGGAAUCCGUGUCUUGCGAAGGGGACACAGAGGGUUGUGAUUGUUAAGGAUGAAAUGACCGGUAAGGAGAGGAAGCUCGUAUUGGCAAAGGACACAAUCUGCGAACUCAAACCAUGCUCCUUCAACGGCGUCUACCAACCCUCCCUCCUCUCCUCCUUCCCAAACGGUAAAGUCCUCCUCCUCUCCUACUUCUACGACCGCCUCUCCCCCCUCCUCCUCCCCUCCUCUUCUUCCUCCCUGCCCAUCACCGUAUCCACCAUCGCCAGCACCGCCCGCCAAGUCUGCAAAGGCCGCGACGAAUGGCUGCGGAAAAGAUUGCGGGUACGGAGUUGGGUUGGUGUUUGGGUGCUACGAUUGCGAUGGUUGGUGGGGAGCUGA